CUGCAACACACACAGAUGCAACACACGGCCCUCUGCACUUCUGCAUCUCCCAGCAGCUCCGAGCACUUUGUGGUUUAUAAGGGUACAGCAUCGCUCUCAAAAGCCAAGUCUUAGACACAUCAAAUUCCUAAUUUCAAGCACCAAAACCCCGGAGUAUCUACUUUUCUCUCAUGAUGCGCGACCAGGUGGCGUUUCUGGCAUUCGUUACACUGGCUGCAGUCUUAGAACAAGCAUAUUUCUCCAUGCAAGUGAUCUGGGCUCGCAGGAAAUACAAAAUCUCACCUCCCAGUACUUCUGGACAUCCAGGUUUUGAACGAGUUUUUCGAGCACAGUUGAAUUGUUCAGAAUAUUUUUCUCUAUUUAUCUCGGUUCUCUGGGUGUCUGGGUUAUUUUUUCACCAAGGAGCUGCUUCAGUGCUUGGUCUGCUCUACCUGUAUACACGGUAUGCCUAUUUUCAUGGCUAUGCUGAAUCUGCUCAGGGAAGGCUAAAACCUAUGUACGCCAGCGCCGCGAUUCUUUGGAUUCUUAUUGGCCUAUCGAGCGUAGGCCUGCUAGACUAUUUACUCUCUGCUUAUCUCGGAGUUGGAAUUUUGAAGCAUUUUGGACAAUUGUUUUUCUGAACAAUAAACCUUUUUCCCUUUUGA